UGUUCAUGUACCAAAUUCGUAUAUAUAAUGCCAAGAAUCAAGACUCAAAGAGGGCAUCGAUUCGAAGGAAGUUCUCAUUCGCACGGGACAUGCAUCGAUUCCGUCUCCUUCCUCCAUUCCAACGACAAUGGCUGUUCUCUUGUUCUUCUCCAUCGUCUCCUUCUUCUUGACAGCCGUGAUUGGGAUGGGAGAAGGUGGCGCUGAAGCUGGCUCUCCGUCGAGGGAGUUCUUCCGUUUCAACGGCGACGUGGCAUGGGUUGUCCAGGUCUCCGAUCUUCAUUUAAGUGCUUACCAUCCCGAGCGUGGCGCUGAUUUGUUGCGACUGCUUGCCCCUGCCCUUCGUGUCAUCCGGCCUUCUCUCCUCCUUGUCACUGGCGACAUCACUGAUGCGAAAAAUGAGAGGAGAUCAAGCUCAAGGCAAGAUGAGUCUGAAUGGAUGCAAUACAGGAACGGAAUGGAUGCAAUUGUAGGGCAUAAUUACCUGGAGAACAGAAGAAUAUUUGACAUAAGGGGAAAUCAUGACAAGUAUGGUGUUCCUUAUGUUGGCCACAAUUUGGAUUUUUUCUCCAUCCAUAGUAUUAAUUCUCAGCUUAACAGGCAUAACACCAUGAACAGCAUCUCUCUUGUGGGAGAUAAUAGAAUCUACCACUUUCUGGGCAUAGAUGAUACUAUUGGCUAUGGAAUUCGGUGGCCAUCAAAUUUGUUUGGUCAUCCAACUGACAGAACGCUUGAUGCUGUGGAAUCAGAACUCCAGUAUUGGGAUAGUCAACCUGGCGGACUGGUGACAAAAGUAGUAUUUGGACAUUUCCCAACAUCUUUUAUUGCUUCGUCAAAAAGAAGAAGGAGGUAUGAAGGCAUUUUUGCCAGGCAAUCAGUUUCAGCAUACAUUUGUGGCCACCUGCAUGCUAAGCUCGGUAAAACACUCUGGAGACUUCAUAUGAUUGAUUUUCCAUCUGGUCCUAACGGAUUAGAGCAUGUUGGCCAGUUUUGGGAGUGGGAACUAGGAGAUUGGAAGGAAUUUAGAUUGAUGAGAAUUCUAGCUAUAGAUGGAGGGGCAGUUUCAUUCUUGGAUAUUGGGCUUUCAAGCCAAAAUCAGCUGUUGGAUGAUUUCCAGACAACCAUUCUCAUCACCCAUCCCACUGAUUCUAGAUGUAUGAAUCAAGAUGAAAUGAAGAAUCCUGUGGUAAGGAAUGAUAUCAAUUCUCUUGUUUUCUCUGUUCAACCAAUCCGCAACGUGACUGCCAGGGUUUUUGAUUCAGCAAGAGCUUUUAAAGUAGUGGAAGAGAUACCACUGCAGCCUGUGACUGGCUCUGUCAAUUUCAAGCCGUUAUUCCAUGCCAAAUGGAAUGCUGAGAAUUAUAAAAGCAUGCCCGCAUCCCGACUUUGGUUACAAGUAUUCGUUAUAGAUGAUCAAGGCAAGGAAACUGCAAGUGCAAUGAGGCCAUUCUCGGUAGAAGGUAAACUUGCCUAUCAUCCAAGCACAUUGCUGGUUUAUCUGAUUUUUAAUGUACAUUGGGAGGACCUCUAUUUGUUUCUUCUAUGGAGCAACAUCUUCUUCCUCAUUUUGCUUCUUUUUCUUCCAAAGAUUCUUAAUUAUUUGAUGGAGAGGAAUGAAUUAUAUCAGAGAUGGGCUACGUCAAUAUCGGUUUCCUCUCCUAUUAGACAAAAGAAGUUCAUUUUUCCCCUUCUCUGGUACUUGUUAGAGGGUUCAAGGAGCAGAAAAUUUUGGCUUGCCAUGGUUUUCUAUCUUCUAUAUUUACUUAAGAUGCCAUGGUUUUGUGGUCAUGCAACAUCAGAAAAUGGUGGCAUUGCCAGAAUGUACAUGCGUGGUUGGAGCAUACAGACUCCAUCAGCUCCAUUUAUCAAAGAAGAGCAAGGCUACCCUGACAUUAUGGCAAUCACACUUCCUUUCAUGUAUUUGGUUGUCACACCAACCUUUCUAUUAAUUUAUGGCUUAUUCGCCAAAUGUUCUGGCUGUCGUCUGUAUUACCACAGGAAAAUGAGCUGUGCUUAUGAAACAUCACCAAGAGGACCAGGCCAGGAAUUUGUGAGAGGAGCACCACCAAAGUAUUCUUUGAGCGUUAUUUCCUCAUGGAUAAUUAAGUUCGGUGGAUAUUGGACAAGAAGAGCGCUUCUAUUGGCAUGUUUGAUCAUUUCACUACUACACUUGAAGAUAUGUUCUGUUCUCAUGGCAGCUUAUGGAGUUGGACCUGUUGCUUUAUCGCCGGCCUUGGCAUGGGCACCACAGCUAUUUUUGGCUGCAGCUAUUUUUGCUUUGAAGAUUGAUUUGGAUGUGAGCCUGCAUGUUCCAUUAUGAUGAUCAAUGAGUAGAUGAGCAAAACCCUCAAAUUAGAGCUUGAUGACUGCAUGAAUUUGGUAGGGCCUGUUCAUCUCUUGAUUGGUACUUGACUGUAAAUAAACUCUCUGUAUAAAAUGUACUGGUUUUUCAUUGCUUGUCAACCAAAUUAGACUUUCAAGUUUGUUAACUUUGAUUCAGCCAAGCAAUACUGAAGGCAUCAUCAUUGAUCAUCCAA